CAUAUGUCACGUCAUGUGAAGUUGGCUGUAAUUGUUCUCUUUCUUGUGUCGCUCUUUCUUCUGUGGUCUUUCGAUCCAAGAUGACGAAAGGUACAUCCAGCUUUGGUAAACGCCAUAAUAAGACGCACACUUUGUGCCGUCGUUGCGGUCGCUCUUCCUACCACAUUCAAAAGUCAACUUGUGCCCAAUGCGGCUAUCCCGCUGCUAAGUUGCGUUCCUACAACUGGUCCAUCAAGGCCAAGAGGAGGAAGACCACUGGUACCGGCCGCAUGCGUCAUUUGAAGGUUGUCCGUAGACGUUUCCGUAACGGAUUCCGUGAAGGCACUCAAGCCAAACCCAAGAAGGCCACUCAAGCUAAAUAGAUGCUAUGUAUCUAAGUAGUCGACAGUAGGUUUGUGGGUUGUCGCCGGUAGAAACCUUUCUUUUUUUAAUGACCAUAUUUUUUAUGUUAACGUUUGUUUAUUGAAUGAACAACAUCAAUGAUAAUGUGAAUACGUUGUGGAAAACAAAAAUAAAAAACAAGAUGAUUUUUAAAAAAAGAUAAGGUA